GCCCAACGUUGUAAGACCGAACUGGCGGCUUGUGCCGUUCGCGCCCGUGACGAGUCCGCUGACGCGCCACUAGCCGCGCCACCCAGGAGGAGAGGAGAGGAGAGGAGUGAGCGACGGAACGAGCAAGGGACUGACUGGAAGCCGGCUCUUUCUUUUCUCCUUCCUUGACAGCGCGCUGUUGUGCAAGUCCCGAGGACGAUAUUUAACGGCAUUCCCCGGAAUCAUCACCCAGGCUCUUCUGCAGAGAUGGAGGUACCCGCCAUGGCGCACAGCAUCACCGGUCCAUUAAGUCCCUGCGAGGGGAUGAUGAAGGACCUGAGCUUGGACGCUUUACAGUUAUGUGAGCGGGAUGCCAGUAAAUCCCAGGACGGCACGAUCUCCGAGUUGGAGGAGCUCCCGGUUCCUCAGAACAUCAAUAUCAGCAACAUCACCUGUGACUCCUUCAGGAUCUGCUGGGACAUGGAGGCGCGCGGCAAGGAGCGCAUCACCCACUACUUCAUCGACCUGAACAAGAAGGAGAACAAGAACUCAAACAAGUUCAAACACAAGGAUGUUCCUACUAAACUGGUAGCCAAGGCGGUGCCCCUGCCCAUGACGGUUCGAGGUCACUGGUUCCUGAGCCCACGCACAGAGUACACCGUGGCGGUCCAGACGGCUUCAAAACAGACGGACGGGGACUACGCCAUCUCCGAUUGGAGCGAGAUCAUCGAGUUCUGCACUGCGGAUUACUCCCCGGUGCAUCUAUACCAGCUGAUGCAGAAGGCCGAGGUCAUCGCCGGCCGGAUGCUGCGUUUCUCUGUCUUCUACAGGAACCAGAAUAAAGAGUACUUUGACAAUGCCAGGGAGAUGCAGGAGAACCGCAUGCUGCAGGCGGUGAAAGACAACAGUGGCAGCCACGGCUCCCCCAUCAGUGGCAAGCUGGAGGGCAUUUACUUCAGCUGCAACACAGAGUUCAACACGGGCAAGCCUCCGCAGGACUCCCCGUACGGCCGCCACCGCUUCGAGGUCCAGGCCGUCACGCUCCUCAGCCCCGGCAGCAACCUUUACUUCGGAGACUUCUACUGCAUGUACACGGCCUACCACUACGUCAUCCUGGUGCUGGCGCCGAAGGGCUCCGCGGGAGACGAGUUCUGCAAGCAGAGGCUUCCCGCGCUGGACAUCGCCGACAACCGUUUCCUCACCUGCAAGCAGGACGAAAAGGGCGACGGCAGUCUGGUGUUUCACCACGCCCAGGACGUCAUCCUGGAGGUGAUCUACACGGAGCACGUCGACCUGGCGGUGGGCACGGUGGCGGAGAUCAGCGGGCACCAGCUGAUGAGCAUGUCCACGGUCAACGCCAAGAAGGACCCCAGCUGCAAGACCUGCAACAUCAGCGUGGGACGCUAAGAAGAGGCCGCUUUUAGGAGAGGGAGGGGAAGGGGGAAGGCUAGUGGUGACUGACCUCUAAACACACACAGUAAGUCCACAGGUACGGAUGAAGCAGAGCGAAACACGCAUGAAGCAGCAGAUUUAGCAGGCUCCCAGACAUGCACACCAACAUAUCUCUAUUCUCUAGUCUAAAGAGAGCGUCAUUCCCAAAGAAGAGGGUACACACCGACACCUUUGUCUCCUCGUCUCAAAAGAGGUACCCUCGAUGUUAAAAAGAAGAAAAAACGUAGCUAAAGAUAUCCCACACGUAAGGGACCGACAACACAGACCCAUCCAUCCAGCAAGUCAACCCUGGCGUACCGACGAAACCCUUUAACUUUAUUAACACACUUGGGCUGCUUCUCUUCAAUUUCCUCUUGGUAUCUUUCAACACUUGUCCUAUAUUUUGUGAAAACUUCUGCCUUGUUAUUAUUGAUAUGCUGACGAUUGAGUGUCCACGGUUCGUGUGGAUAAGCAUUUUUCUUGUUUCCAAUUACUUUGACUGUUAUUUCAGAAAUGUUUUCUUCUUAUUCCACAGUAGACAUGUUCCCCUCCUAGUGGCACAGACUGGUACUACAAUGUUCUAGGGCUGCAGCAUCGAUGGUCAUCUUUCGUGAUACCAAAGGUAUAAAAAAACAAACCAGACAUGAGACCUCUAAAGGAUCUUAACAGUGAAUACACAUUUGAGAGGCUGUUGCGUUAGUACUAAGUCUUUGGUGACCAAGUGUGAACUACUUGUUAACCUUUUUUAAAAAGCAUGAUGCAGCUCUGUGCAGCAUGAAAGCUGCUAGUACCUCGACCACAGCAACUGUUUCUGCAACAGUCACUCUUGUUUUACCAUCAGAAAGUAGAACCAUAAACUGUGUUUAGCAGAAUAAAUGUGAAAAAAUAU